UACAUAAACCAAAAGCAUAAAAGUCAAAAAAAAUGUUGAAAAAUAACAAUCUAACUGAUAAAUUAAGAUUAUAAAGAGAGAGCAGUAGGUGGCUCUUUGGAGAUCUCGAGAGACCACAGGCCCCGUAGUAUUAAAUAAUAAAACCUUUAUUACUCCCAGGCACUAUAAAGCCUGAAUCCAGAUGACAAAUAAGACUGACUUUAAUUCCGACCUCCUCUUUCCAUGUGUGCAGUCCAACCAAAACUGUUUUCAAUCAUAACCCUGGGAGACGAGCCAAUAAUCAUGAUGUUUAACACUGCCUCAGACAGAAAUUAAGCAUAAUGUGAGCCUUCUGUCAAAAGCCCGUCUGCCUGUAAAACUCCUGAAUGGAAGUCCUAAACCAUACCAGCCCUGCAACUUCCUUGCAAGUAUAGGAAUGCGGUCAUAGAUUUGGUAUAAUUAUUUAUUUUGUGAUUGUAAACUAAAGAUGUCACUGGAAGCUCAGACGACACGGCUUUGACUCUUUUACUUUGGACACAUCAUGCGGAGAGGACACAAUGGAAAAGGACAUCAUGCUGGGAAAUGCGGAAGGUCAACGUAGAAGAGGAAGGCCAGCUACGCGGUGGAUCGACGCAACCGCCGCAGCCACGGAUGCCCCGCUUUCAAGUCGUAGCCGGUUGGCGGAAGACCGGACGCUUUUCAGGACAAUCAUCCAUAGACUCGCAAUGAGUUGACAUCGACUCGAUGGCACCUGACACCAACAAACUGUAAACUGACACCGACUUGUCACGGUUAACCCCUUUCGUCCAGAAAAAUUCCAUGAUGAGGAGAAGAGUAUGCACUGAAAAGGACAAAUCUCAGGAAGGUUCCAUUUCAAAAUCACACACACACAGCAGGCUGAUCAAUGUGCUCCUGAAAUCUGACAUCUUAAGUACCAUACUCUGGUAAUGCAGGUUACAGCCGUUUAAUUUUGGGUGCCUUUAAUUUGCCAGGAACCUGGUGGUGGGGGAUGGGGGGGGGAGUAUUUUUGGAAACGCAGAGACUCUUGGCUGCGAGUGGAAAAUGCGCGAUGGGUGUCUUGGUUACUGCCAUGGGUGAUCUAAUGUCCCACAUCGCCGGCGUGAUUGGGGGGGGGGGGAUUGUUUCAUCUCAUGAAGGUCCGAAAAGAAGAAAAAUGAAUUUUUGUCCCGCAACGGCAACGCACGUGACAUGUUUUCGACGCAAAACUGAAACUACAGGCUAAAUUCAGUCUUCAUAUUUGUUCAGUUCAGAAGGGAGAGACGCUCAUUUGGCUCCAAGUGAACAAACAUACUCGGCUGUAUAUGUCGACAGAGUGACUGUGUCCACGCUUGUGUCCACGCGUUGCCCGGCACUGCAGUCUCGCCCCGCGCAGGACAGAAAUGCUGCGCGGCCCCUUUAAGAUGAGCACGGGAAGCGGCCGCCACGUCGGGCUCUCACGGUCUCCCACGUUUUAUUCGUGAAAAAAAGGACUCAUUUUGGCUGAUUUAUUUAUCUGGUUCUCCCCGGCGGUGGAUGGGAUCCGGUGCACCCGCUGGAGCGCCUAAAGCACCGGGGAAAUGGCGUCCACCUGGGUCGCGCUGCUGCUCGCGGUCCUUUGCGUGAUCGUCGCGCGCCCGGCGCCCGCGCUCGCGUGGGACAUGGACCUGGAGCUCUUCGACCUGGUGGAGGAGAUCCCGCAGACGUUCUACGAAUUCUUAUCGGUCGAGCGGGACGCCUCGUCCACGGACAUCCGAAAGGCCUAUCGCAGGCUGUCCCUGACCUUGCACCCCGACAAGAACAAAGACGAAAAUGCAGAAACCCAGUUCAGACAACUCGUGGCAAUCUACGAAGUCCUCAAAGACGAGGAGAGACGGCAGAGAUAUGAUGACAUCCUGGUCAACGGGCUGCCGGACUGGAGGCAGCCGGUGUUCUACUACCGCCGUGUGAGGAAGAUGAGCAACGGGGAGCUUGGCUUCCUGCUCUUCCUCAUCCUGACGGUGGGCCACUAUGCCGUCAUCUGGUCCAUCUACCUCGAGAAGCAGCUGGAUGAGCUGCUGAGCCGGAAGAGGAGGGAGAAGCGGAAGAGGAGCAGUGGCAAGAGUGCCGAGGAUCUGAAGUCUGUGGGCCAGGAGAACGUCCAGAGGUCAUCUGAGAAACCACACUGGCAGGACAUACUGCCACUCAAGAUGGGUAUCUGGCUCUACCUGUCGGUUAAAUCCCUCCCGCAUGUCAUCCAGGAUGUGAAGCAGUACUACGAGGACUACAGAGAGAUGAAGACUAAAGAGAAGCAGGAGGCCCAGGCGCUGGCAGAACAAGAGGCUCUUCAGAAGGAGAAGCGACCCAAGGUGAAGAAACCCAAAGCGGCGUUCCCUGUGUACGAGCCCUCGGCAACAGAUGGUGCCUUCGUGCCGUCCUACGACCAGGGCACCUCCAUCGAGGAGAUAGAGGACCAGAUGGAUGACUGGCUGGAGGAGAGGAAAGCUCAGAAGAAGAAGGCACCUGAGUGGACGGAAGAGGACCUCAGUCAGCUGACGCGCAGCAUGGCCAAAUUCCCAGGGGGCACGCCGGGUCGAUGGGAGAAGAUCGCUCACGAGCUGGGCAGAUCAGUGACUGACGUCACCGCGAAGGUGAAACAAGCGAAAGACUGCGUCUCCAGCACUUCAGGGCUGAUCAAGCUGUCGGAGCUCAAGUCCAGCGCUCAGUCGGGGAAGGGUUCGAGAGGCAGCGCCGUGCCCGACAGCAUCAUCACGCAGCGGGAGGAGGAGUGGCCGGAGGAGACGGCAGAGCCAGGUGGGGAGGAGGCGGAGGGUAAGGCCCGGCGCAGGAGGAGCGCUCGCGCCGCAGGAGCCGGCGAGGAGAAACCGAAAAGCCGCAGGCAGAGGGACUUCGAUCCCGAAGCCGUGGACGAGGACAGCGGAGACGAACGGAAGCCUAGCAGGGACAAGGCGCCGAGCGCGGAUGAGGUGUGGACUCAGAAUCAGCAGAAGCUCCUGGAGCUGGCGCUUCAGCAGUACCCCCGCGGCACCGCCGAGCGCUGGGACAAGAUCGCCAAGGUGGUGCCGGGCAAGAGCAAGGAGGAGUGCAUGGUGCGCUACAAGCUCCUGGCAGAGCUGGUGCAGAAGAGGAAGCAGGCCAAGAGCUGACCGCAGGGGCGCCCCCCCCACCUCCCACCCUGCUGCCGUGACCCGCCUCCUCUUCACCUGGACGUCAUGUGCCUUAGCUCCACAGCCAGCCAUCAGGACGGACACCUCUGCCGAGCCUCGGUCCUUCAGCGCAUCGGCCGUCUCAGCAUGCUGCGAACGGACACUUCUGCUUUACUUCUCGGUUCCUGUCCGCAACCCCCACCCCCCACACCGACGCGCUGAGCCAGUUGGCCUGGGUUUAUUUAUUUCCAAGAGAAUGCCUGCCUCUGUGUUUCACCGCUUUUAGUUGUGGACAUGUAAGAAAUUCAAUGUCUAUGCAACGCAGGCCUCACGUUGAACAGGAGAAGACAAGGUGGAGUAUGAUUGUGUGAUUGUGCAUUAAAGGAAGGUCUGAAAGCAGCGUGGCGCUAUGUUUACACAGACAGUCACCUACCUCACUGGUACCGCGCUUUACCUUUGACGGCAAGCCAGUGCACAGCUACAGGAUCUGUACCAUGACUGACUUGCACAGGACCAAAGACAAAGAGCAGGUUGCAGGUGCUGUAACGGCAUAGUGGUCACUGCUUCAAUAAACAUUGGGCAAGUUUUACAUGGGAAGCAUUAUGAGCUUCCAAAGGUGUCGGCAGGGAGGACACAAAGCAGCAUUUCUCAAGUUUUUUUUUUUAUAACUACAUCUGGUCCUUUCGAUUUCACACAAAAGUACUGAAACUAGCAAAAGCCCAGAGAUCGUCUCACGUUGGUGGAGGUCGCAGGUCACAAACGGGUGUUCCGCCCAAGAAGAUCUGGAAUUCACAAACGUCAAUGAGAGCCAUGCACACGUACUGUUAAUUGUUUAAUUUAUCACUUGAAACAAAAUGAUUUACACUACAUAAGCAAUUUCAAUAUUUUUCUGCUACAAACAGUAUAAAUCAACAGGUCUUUUUGAUGUUUACAUGGUUUUUCAUCAAACAUAAAUAACAGUUUGUUAUUCUGAAAUAUAUAAUUUUGAUUCAUUAAAUGCUGUACAAAAAAACUGAAAAAGGGGGCCAAAAAAAAGUACAAAAUGGUGCAAGACUUCUAAAAAUUUUCCCUGCAUAUUUAAAAAUAAAUACUUUGUGUCCAGUCAUUGCUUGCACAGAUAAUAGAAACAACGCAAAAACUGAGGCCAUAUCAGGAAUUCUUCACAACACCAAGGAGACUCACAAACACUUAUUUACACAAACGAGGUAAAACUGUGCAAUUCUAUCUUAAGGCUCAUUACGGUCCAAACUGCGUAUUUGUAGCACUGUACAAUAAUGCAAAGACAAGCUACUUACAAUAGCCAGAAUGAGCCCCCACCCUCCAUUGCCUUGGUCAGGAGUCUAAAAAGUGUCUAAAAGGCGAGUGAAGACAUGUGCGAAAGCACCUGUUCUACAGCAGUAGUAAAAAAAAAAAAAAAAAAAA